AUGUACAAUAGUAAAAAUUUCGGAAUCCUUGACAGUAAACUACGACAAUACUCAGUUUGCAUCGAUAGAACAGUUAUAGAUAUAACUAUCACCAACCCAGAACCAAAUAAAGUCAACAGCUCGGACAAUUUCACCAAACCUAAAAGUGCCCCCGUCCCUCCACCAUCACGGAACUACAAUCAGAAACCACACAACAAACCAGCGAUCCAAACACAGGAAACAGAAGGAAGGGAAAAAACAAGCAAAUCCACAAAAAUGUUACUGAACCCAGCCGAAAACAUGGACUUCUUGAUUGAACCAGUGAAAACCAUUAUAAAUGACAUGCAAUCAAAUUUCCCGUUGAACAGGACACAACUGGCCAGCAUCCUGGAAAACACAUUUCGAAAGUUGUUUGUAUUAACAGGAGACUACAUCUGUACGCAAGAGAUAAUACUCCUUAACGAUCAUGAACCAACACACUUCAGUGUAGCCGUGACACUUUCGGCACAAUCGACUUGUGAAAAUACUGUACUCAAGUGUAAAUAUGCAGCAAUACCCGAAUUGCACGGCAAUUACCACUGUCCCACUCUAAUAGAAAUACGCAUAAAACACACCACCAGCCGCUUCCUUUUUUUAAAGCCAGGAGUUGUCUUUCAAAAUAAUGAACCAGUCUUGAAAAUAUUUUGCCACAAUGGCAAUACCAAAACUUUUAUGUAUAUGUGGAAAAGUUUAACCAUACACUUAAGUACAAAUAUAGAAAACUAUGAUCUUUAUAAUGAGAAAACUUCUCAAGAAGUAAUGGAAAAGCACGAGAAUCAGAGGUAUUGACUUUUUAAUUUAUUUGGUACAAACAAGAGUAACAAGUUCAAAAUUAAUCCAUUUGAAGAAGUUUGCAUCGGUAUAUAUGCAUAUCCGUCGAAUUUACACAAACACUCAAUGAGCAUAACAGAAACACGUAUCGAUGUUUACUCAUUAAUAUCAAUGAUUAUGGGCACCAUCAUCUAUUGGAACGCUCCUAAAUUAAGUGAAAGUCGAAUUUUUUAUUAUUUCUGUGGAACAUCUAUAGUAUAUUAUCUUACAAAAUUAUUGCGAUGGGGUAAAAUAAUGUACCGGAUGGUCGCCACUAGUUGGACAAUGAGUGUUUAUAUUAUUCAAGCAUUGUGGGCCCAUGCACAUAUAAUUACAGUAGAGUAUAGAGAAUGGAUCACAUUGUAUAUUCUACUUACAUCUUUCAUCAGUUUCAUAAUUUGUUAUUGGUUUGGCCCAAUUACAAAUGCUAGAACGAAAAAAGUUAUCCAAUGGUUUCUGUAG